UCUGCAGAAGAGGCAUGAUGCCUCGCUUUCUUCUUCCAGCCUUGAGUGUCUCAUAAGUGGGAUAAAGAAAGCGUCACGUACAGCGGUGUGAAGCUGACGUUUACAGCUAGACACACGGGGAGGGUAAAAAAUUAAAUAAAUAAAUAAAGCCGCCCUCAGCUUAAGCUUUUCGGAGAUGACGAGAAAAACCACUGAACUGCGCCGCUGUGCUUUUGGGGGGCUCUGAACUGUCUGGAAAAUAAAAAUGGCGAGCUUUCGGAGUAGCGUGCCUCUCGCCCUGACUCUGGCAGGGAUCGUGAUGUUCUCGCUUUGCGUGGCACGGGCGGACAUCGUGGAAGAAGGCAAGGAAGAGCGGUCUUGCCAAGGGAUCUUCGACCUGUACUUCGUCUUGGACAAGUCUGGAAGUGUCAAGAAUCACUGGAUAGAAAUUUAUUCCUUUGUUGAAGACUUGGCUGAAAAAUUUAUAAGUCCCUUACUGAGAAUGUCCUUCAUAGUAUUUUCUACACGUGGAACAACAAUUAUGGAUUUGACUGAAAACAGGGAAAAAAUUCAAAAAGGACUGAAUGUUCUUAGGAGAGAGAUCCCUGGAGGAGACACCUUUAUGAAUUUAGGAUUACAAAAGGCAAAUGAGCAGAUAUAUCACGAGAAUCACCAUGGAUUUCGGACUGCCAGUGUCAUUAUUGCACUGACGGAUGGCGAACUGAAUGAGCAACAGUUCUAUGAAGCACAGCAAGAAGCUAACAGAGCACGGCAAUUUGGAGCCAUUGUCUAUUGUGUGGGUGUUAAAGAUUUUAAUGAAACUCAGCUUGCCACAAUAGCUGACACUAUAGAACAUGUGUUUCCUGUUGUCGGAGGAUUUCAAGCUCUUGGAGGCACUAUUGAUUCGAUUCUUAGAAAAUCCUGCAUUGAAAUUUUAGCAGCAGAACCCUCAAGUGUUUGUGCCGGAGAGAAAUUUCAGGUAGUGGUAAAAGGAAAUGGAUUUUCUCAUGCAAGAAAUAUCAACCAAGUCCUGUGCAGCUUUAAGAUAAAUGACACAGUUACCAUAAAUGAGAAGCCAGUCGACAUAGAUGAUACUUACCUGUUAUGUCCAGCACCCGUUAUUGAUGAAGUUGGAAAAGUCGUGUACCUGCAAGUCAGCAUGAAUGACGGCCUGACGUUCAUCACUAGCUCAGUGCACAUUACAAGCACUCAUUGCUUUGAUGGAACUAUUCUUCUGAUUGCUUUGUUAAUUCUGUUCCUGCUUUUGGCUUUAAUUCUCAUGUGGUGGUUCUGGCCUCUUUGCUGCACUGUGGUCAUUAAAGAGCCUCCUCCACCACCACCUCCAGAGCCUGAAUCUGAUGAUGAAGAUGGCAUGCCCAAGAAAAAAUGGCCUACAGUUGAUGCCUCCUAUUAUGGGGGUAGAGGAGUUGGGGGCAUAAAAAGAAUGGAGGUACGAUGGGGAGACAAAGGAUCAACUGAAGAAGGCGCAAAGUUAGAAAAACCUAAAAAUGCUGUUAUUAAAAUGCCAGAGCAAGAAUUUGAGCCCUUUGAGCCAAAACCACGAAGAUUUGGAGGAAGGAGGCAAACUCAAGAAAGAAAAUGGUACACUCCUAUCCAGGGCAAACUUGAUGCUUUAUGGGCAUUGUUUCGAAGGGGCUAUGAUCAAGUGUCCCUAAUGAGGCCACAGCCUGGAGAUAAAGGAAGGUGCAUAAACUUCACACGAGUAAAGGAGCAAGCUGCUUGCAACCCCUCAGUUCAUACUUCAUCAUCGGAGGCAGUUCCACUACAAAGAAGAAGCACACCUCCAUCAAAAAGCUCUCCAUCAAGAGGAUCAUCUAUGAAUCGAAGCCCUCCAGGCCCACCUCCUUCACGGGUACCACCAGGACCACCAGGACCACCUCCUUCACGCCCACCACCAUGUCCUGAUAACCGAUCUUAAAAGUAAGAGGUGUGACACAGUGCACAGGAGUCCAAAAUAUUUCAGUACCAAAAAAUAUUUAUUAGAGCUGUGUUUUCCUAAGAGGAAUGAGCUUUGUUGCUGGACAGCAAAAAUCAGCCUUUUGAACAUCAGAGAGCAACUACUGAUUAGUCACAGAAAUACAGAAACAGUCUCAGUUCCUAAAUUUUUCAUUGAGUUUGUGAUGUAUAAAUUGCAAAGUAUGCAUUUUUUGAUUUAUUGUUUUGUUUUUCAUUUUGAAAAAGCAAACAAGACUAAACAUUGUUUGAAACUUUGCUUUAUUAAAAAAAAUAAAAAUAAAUAAAUAACAGCAAUACAAGCAUACUAACCUUAAAAUCUAAUCCCGCCAGAGAAGAUUGCUUUAGCUGUCUAGAAAUAUCUGCAGGUAACAGUAGCAGCACAUCGAGAAACACAUGCUGAGGAUCCCCUACAGUAUCUAAUUAGGUCUGCAGGCAACUUGGUGACCCUUCAGUGCAAUUGAAAGGCUCCGGGUUGAUGACUUUUGACAUUGAUUGACCCAAUAAUUUAUAACUCUAAGCUGUUAUUUUUAGUUUAGAUUCAUUUGCUUUCAGUUUAACUAUUGACCUAUUUACACCCAAAUGGUUUGUGUCCUACCGGUGAACGUUGUUAGGUGAAAAGUCCUGAAUGUGCAGAUGGGUAGCUGUAAAAUGCUUGGAAAUGUAAGAGCGUCUUGUUAAGCCGAACAGAACAGUAAUGUCGUUUGGACUUUUUUUAACUUAGAAAUUUAAGUUAAAGAUUUUUAAAUGGUGUUUAGCAAGUGGUUAUCAGAAAAAAAAUCCAGUUGUAGCACUUGGAAAGUUUACAGGGAAACAAAAUGUGGAAUUUUGGACAUCACUGGAACAAUGAAGAGGAAUAACGAACAUACAUGCGUGCGGCGUUAAACAAAGAAGGUUAUCUGUUUGAUUUAUUUUUUGUUUGUUUUUUACUCAUGUCAGCUUUGCAGUCUAAGCACUUCACUGCUCGCUCUACACCCAUGCAAUAUUUUAAUGUAAAUUUAUGUGGUCUUGAAAUUUGUCUCAACAAAUACUGCAGGGCAGUUAACCUAACUUAUUAAUCCAGAGCCUAAAUGUAAGUACCUCUGGUGACUCAGGACGUUGUCUGCACGUUACGACAAUGGUAUACUUCACCUUACGUAACAGUAACUUUGUCACUUUUUAAUAGAAGCCUCAGUUUAAUGGGUAAAACAGGACUGCAUUGUUAUUUCUUUCCUUUGGUACAGUAUAACACCGCAAAUGUUGUAAAAGUGAAGGUGACUAGGGCGUGCAUGUGUUUGUCUCCCAUUGUCUAACUUGACUGAAUGUUUUUAUAUAUGCAAUAUUUUCUUUGAUUAUUUUCAGUACUGUCUUAUUAAAUAAAAAAGGGUUUUGGGGUUUCUGCAGAGUUCUGCUGCAGCAAUAUGAGGACAUAGUGACAGACACAAUGCGUUUAUGUUAAAGGAAUUGUAUUAAGUAGCUCUUUUUUACCCAAAUUAAUUUUGUACGCAUCAGGAAUACUAUCUAGGAGCUUAGUUUGGAAUAACAACAUUUUAUUAUGACAAAAGUCUGGCAAUAGAUACUGGAAUGCUAAAUACAUUAGUUAUCCUUGUACAUGUAUUAAGAACGCAAGCUUUUAAGAAAAAAAAAACUGAAUCUCUUUCAACAAAUAAAGAUUUCAUAAAACAUGA